AUGGGCUUUUUGGGAAAGCUGAAGGAUGGAGAGUUAAAGGAGGAGGUGUGCGUGCUCCGUGUCCGGCUAGCUAGAUCCAAUCCAAGCGCUUCGGCGUUUCAGGUGGAGGAGGAGCUGAAGGAGCAGCAACGGGAGAAGGCAGCCAGCCUGAGGCGUUUCCAGGGAGAGGUGAAGCAGCGGGUGAACCAGCAGGUCAGGAUGCGAAGAAAGCAGCAGCUGCAGAAGUCCUACGAAGCGGCAGAGAGGGAGAGCUGCAUCGCCGUUCAGUACUUGGACUCCGCGCUGCACUUGACCCCCAGGAAGAACACGUGCCUGUUUCGGAGCCAUCCCGCGCCCGCCAUCUGCGGUCCCCGCGCUCGCGCCGUCCCGGCACAGCGGCAAGGGGUGCAAAGCGAGCCCUUCCAGCAGCAAGCCGCCAAGCUUAGCAAAACCAUGAAGCAAGUUCGGCGCAGGCUGGCGUCCUGCAAAACCAUGCCCCAAGGAGCGGGUCCCCCCGAACUCCCCGGCGGCGUCUGGAGGCAAGAGAAACCGGAGUCUUGCAAGGCAGCCGCGGUGCCCGCAGGAGAUGAGAGUGAGGAGCUGCUUCUAGCAGGACACCAUGAUCUUCCAGCUGAACUGCAGGACCAGGGGGCAGCCCCGCAUCAAGCUGAGCAAGACGAUGACUUCUACAUCAAAAUCGAAUUUGAAAAAUUCUGUGACGCAUCGGUGAAGGACUCGAGCUCGCCCGAGCCUCCCCAGAGGCUGCACACCGAUUACCAAGCUCCCCUCGUACUCUGGGCUGGCGUAGACCAAGAGGAAACCAAGAAGCAGCGUCAGAACGAGUACCUGAGAUACAGGCGCCUCUUCAUGAAUGUCGAGCGAGAGCAAGUGAAGGAACAGCAGAGGCAGAAAGAGAGGCAGAAGAGAAUCGCUGAGAUUAAGAGCAAGAAGGAGAACCAGCGCCGGGUGGAGGAGCAGAGGAUGCGGGAGACGGCUGACCGGCCAGAACCCUCCCCGGGAGAGGGAGCCUGUGAAACCCUGGCCCGACUUAAACUGGAGGAGAGGGGAGUGAAGGAGAUUAAGGAAAAACAGCAGCGAAAUAAGGAGUACGUGAGGUACGUCGAAGCUCUGAGAGCCCAGAUGAGGGAGAAGAUAAAACUGUAUAACAUUGACUUGCCCCCGCUCUGCUCCUGCGGGUCCGAUUUCUGGGACUCCCACCCGGAUACCUGCGCCAACAACUGUGUCUUCUACAAAAACCACAAAGCCUACAGCCACCCUCUGCAGUCCGUCGUCUCGUCCUGCGACCCCGCGGACAGGAGCCCCUCGGCGAGGCUGCCGCUCCGAGACCUGGCCGCUCUCUGCGCUCGCUCGGGGAAGCAUCUGUGACCGAGGGCAGCCGUGCGCGCGCGCGCGCGUGUGUGUGUGUGUGUCCCCCACCUCCCCAUAUUUUGGCGACUGUUGUAAGUGGAGAGCAAGGCUGUGCCCUGUCCUGCCUGCUGCCUGCCCCUCGACUCCAUCCAGGACGGCGCCUUUCCUCUCCUCCUCCCUGUGCUGGGGUUUAAGCUGCACCUCUCCCAUUUUGCUCCGUGUGUGUGGUCGGCCGGACCGGGAGCACGGGGUGAUGGUGGGUGCGAAGGAGCCCAUUGCUCUGCAGGGCUGGCUUCUAGGCAGGCACUUGAAUUUUGGCGUUCAGCCGCGGAAUAAACUGUUUUCAAGG